GUGAGCGCCCCGGAAGUUCCUGCCGCGGAGCUGUCCAAAUCGACAGCUACGGGCCCGUUUCAGCAGCUCAGCAGCCUCCCGAGUGCAGCCGCCUUUUCGAAUAUGGACGAUACCUUGUUCCAGUUGAAGUUCACAGCAAAGCAGCUGGAGAAGCUGGCCAAGAAGGCUGAGAAAGACUCUAAGACGGAGCAAGCAAAAGUGAAAAAGGCCCUUCAGCAGAAAAAUGUUGAGUGUGCCCGUGUGUAUGCUGAGAAUGCCAUCCGUAAGAAGAACGAAGGUGUGAACUGGCUCCGCAUGGCUUCCCGUGUAGAUGCCGUGGCCUCCAAAGUGCAGACAGCUGUGACCAUGAAGGGGGUGACCAAGAAUAUGGCACAGGUGACCAAAGCACUGGACAGAGCACUGAGCACCAUGGACCUCCAAAAGGUCUCGGCAGUGAUGGACAGAUUCGAGCAGCAGGUGCAGAAUCUGGAUGUACACACAUCGGUGAUGGAGGACUCCAUGAGCUCGGCCACCACACUGACCACACCACAGGAGCAGGUGGACAGUCUCAUCAUGCAGAUUGCUGAGGAGAACGGGCUAGAGGUGCUGGACCAACUCAGCCAGCUGCCUGAGGGGGCCUCUGCGGUGGGCGAGAGCUCCAUGCGCAGCCAGGAAGACCAGCUGUCACGCAGGCUCGCUGCCCUGAGGAACUAGCAAUGCUGUGACUGCAUGGGCCCACUGGAAACAAAGACCUCCCUCUGCUGUCUCAGCACCUCUGCUGACCCUGUGGCCCAGCCUCGCUUCUCAGCCUCUCCCCUGCCCAGUCCGGGACCCUUUCCUGUGCUGUCAGGGUGGGUGGGUGACUUUGCACAAACUUCAGACUUCUAUGGGUAAUUUCUGGCCAGUUGGGCCUGCAGACGCUCUGCUCUCCCUGUUGCUUUCCAAGGAGUGGAGUAGCCCAUGGACACUGCAUGGAUGUGGCAGAGCACAUGGGUGGCGGAUGUGCUACUAGCAUCUACCAGCAGGAUGAUAUCCUACCCUGGGGAACAAACAACCCAGAAGGUUCUUCCGGCCUACUCUGUGCACAUUCUUAUGGGGCCUUCAUAAACCAUCUUGGGGUGGGGUCUUAGCUGCUUCAGCUCUGCCCUGUGCUCCCACCAGCUGGCAGGGCUCUACUUGGGGGUCACUUGUCUAAAGUGUCUACAUGGGGAACCAGUUCACCCCUCUGUUGCCUCCUCCAGAGCUCUUAGCCCAGGAUGCACUGUGCCUCCUCUGGUUCCUCCCAUUGCCAAUUCUGGGUGGAUUGGGCAUGACUCUCUCCUGCCACUGCCACUAAAUAAUGGGGUGCCUCCUACAGUGCCCCAUCCUUCUGCUGACCUGUGUGGGUCAGAGUGGCUGAAGAGCCAGCAGUGGCUGUGCCUGGAGGACGUGUGUAUGCUGUAGCAGAGGUCAGUCACACACCCUCACUACUUGCUGGGACAGGCUGCUGCUGAUGUUAGUUUUUCCCCUUUCCUGUUGUUUACUUUUUUUCUUGAAACUUCCUGGGUUUGGGGGCAUUGGGGGGGUUUGUUUUGCCAAAAUAAGAGGAGCAGGUGCAGCUGGGGAGCCCCCCACAAGAGGUCCCUGCUCUGUAAGACAGCACUGCCUCUCCAUCCUCAUACCCUCGGCUCUUAUGAACAAAAACCGUCGAUAGAUCCUGACCGUGACACUUUGGUGUUCCUCCCUACACAUGGUGGAAGGGGGACCCUUGCUGUGUUGGAGGCAGCCUGGGAGAGGCUUAGGCUGUGCCAUGCAUCUUGGGAUGCCCACGUGCUGGGGUACAGAGAGCCUGGGCAACCCUGACCCCAGUGGGGCAUGGGUAGAGACUCAAAGGGCUGUGGUUGUUUGCCUUUUAUUAAAAUGCUGUUGUAAAUAA